AUGCCGGUGUUGCGUUAAAUUUUUUUUUACCCACGUGAUAAUCCAUUUGUUUAUCUUUUGCACUAAAAAAAAAGCCCAACAUUUAUGUAAAAUUCUAUCUUCUUCCAUAAUUGUUUACUUUAUAUAAUUUGUAUAAUUUGUUUAUCACUUUACUAUAAAAAAAAAAAUUUUUUUUCCCUCCCCUAAAAAUAUGACUUACGUCACAAGACUAUCCGUUAGAAAAAAUAAGCAAGGAAAAAAUGAAAUAAAUAAUAAAAAUAAAAAGAGUAAUGGAAAGAGUCGCAAUAAUCAGAAGCAAAAAAGAAAAAUUUCCACUUUACCUCCGCAAAAACCUCAAUAUGUUAAAGUAUAUAUUAAUGAUAUUUUAGCUAUUAAAAGUCAAGAUGGAGAAGAAUACGCUUUAUUAUCUUAUUCUGAUCCGAACUUGGAAUCAGAUUGGCAACCAAUACGUAACCUUCGAAAUGCUAAUGAUCUCGUUAAAGACUUUCGAAGUAAAUUGACUCAAUCUCAAGUCGAAAAUUCUAAUCCAAAUCAAAUGAUAAUUGAUGAAGAAAAUUGUAGACAUCAUAGUGAUUUUAGUGAAUCCACAGUAACAUCUCCCGAUACAAUUUUCGACCAAGAUUAAGUGUAAUCGGUGAUAAAAUUGGACUAAGAAAGUUCCAAUAGAAUGGAAGAAUUCUUUUAUUGGAAUUAUUUCAUAUUUUUAGAUUUUCUCUCUCUCUCUCUCUCUUUUUUUUUCUUUCAAUGUGAUGAAGGUUAACAAGCCGAACAAUUCAAUCGGAACAUUCAGGAUAGGUUUUUAGUAGAUAUUUUAUACUAUAGUAUAAAAUUUCUUCUGUAUUACAAACAUUAUUGAAUAAUUAAUUUUUUUUUUAUAAUGGAUUAAAAACCUAAUUGCUUUGUGGUAAAAAAUUUGAAAUUAAUAGAUUUUAAUUAAUAUUAAUUUACUUUUAAUUUAAGAGAAAAAAACAGAAAAUCAUGAAAAAAUUAUG